AUGUUCCAAGCCCCCAUCCUGAUGUCCUGCCUAAGGUUUAGCCUCAGCCAGUCUCUCCAUAUGGACACCACCUCCGCUACCCCUACUGACAUUGCCCUAUAUAGAGGGGGACCCAGCUACCUUCCCAUUGGGGCCCACAGUCUACCUCACUUGCUGGCCUUUGCAAAUGAAAUAACCUCCCUUGACCUUCAACAACCCAUCACUAUGGCGAGUUUUGAUGUGGAAUCGUUCAUGAAUGUGCCACUUCUAGAAACCACAGAGAUUAUAGUUGACAACAUACAAACCGCCCAUCUCAAUAAAUUUGGAUUAACAAAAGAUAGCUUCAAGAAACUACUCAAUAUUGCAGCUCAUCUUUCUGUUUUCUCGUUUAAUAAUGAUCUUUACACGCAAGCAGACGGAGUAGCAAUGGGUUCUCCACUUGGCCCCUCAUAUGCCAAUGCCUUCCUUUGUCAUCGUGAAAUUAACUGGCUUAAACAGUGCCCACCAGAAUUCAGACCGGUCUACUACCGACGAUAUAUUGAUGACACUUUCGUUCUAUUCAAACACCUUUCACAUGUUAAUUUGUUUUUGAGUUACCUCAACUCUAAACACCAAAGUAUUAAAUUUACCUGUGAAACACAACACAAUAAUCAACUUCCCUUUCUAGAUACCUAUGUUACCAUUGAUAAUGGACGUUUCCAUCCCAGUAUUUACCGUAAGCCAACUUUUACUGGCCUCGGCCUUCAUUUCCUCAGUAAUAUUCCAUAUAUUUAUAAAAUCAAUAGCAUAAGAACAUUCAUCACUGGGGCAUAUAAUCUGUGCAGUAAUUGGUCAUCUUUCCACAAUGAAAUGAAAUUUCUAAAUAACUUCUUUGUAAGCAGUGGGUACCCACUGCAGUUAUUUGAUAAAAUAACAGACUUUUUCAUGUAA